AUGUCCUGGCAAGCAUACACCGACAACCUUGUCGGCACUGGUAAGAUCGAUAGAGCCGCUAUUUACGGCGCAGCUGGAGAUUCGCAAUGGGCUACCACCAACGCCCUUACCCUUGGCGGCAACGAGAUAGCUGAGCUGGUCAAAGGAUUUGCAGAUGCUUCCCAACUGCAGACAUCUGGUCUUCACAUUCAGGGUCAGAAGUAUUUCUUGAUCAGAGCCGAUCCAAGAUCGAUCUAUGGUAAACACACCAAACAGGCCAUAUUGAUUGGUCAUUACCCAACAGGUGUGCAAGCAGGUGAAGCUACCAAGAUCGUGGAGCAACUCGCUGAUUACUUGAUUGGCGUGGGAUACUAA